GCCUCUCAGUCACCAGUGAGGCAGGAGCAGCAGGAACGGGGCGCGGAGCUGCUGCACGCAGCACAUCCUCUGAUGCGUUUUGCAAGCUUUUUCUGGCUGCAUAUGGAACGAGUACUGGAGAUUUAUUUUCCGACUUCGUUUAGCACCACACGAUAUAUUCCACGAGGAGGGAAGAUAUGAAGCAUUUUUAUGCGUAAUUAGAGGGGUUGGGGAGGGUUCUCUUUUUUUGUAUAUAUUUUUUGAAAUUUUAUUCUACCUCAGUUUUGUUAGAUAUUUAAAGUGUUUUUUUUCCUUCUUCUUCUUCAAUGUUUAAGGUGAUUUCUUUCCAAAGCGCACAGAGCUACAACCUCUCUCUGUCAUGGAAAACCUCACGGUGGAUGACAUAACUCUAGAGAAUGACACGUCGGUGCCGGACAACCAGACUCUGGGCGUUUGGACCGACAACUCUCUCGAAUACAAAGUGGUCAGCGUGUUCCUGGUGUCCCUCAUCUGCGGCGCGGGGAUAGUGGGCAACGUCAUGGUCAUCCUGGUGGUCCUGACCACCAAGCACAUGCGAACUCCCACCAACUGCUACCUGGUGAGCCUGGCGGCCGCCGACCUCAUGGUGCUGACGGCCGCCGGGCUGCCCAACAUCAGCGACGCCCUGUGCGGCCAGUGGGUGUACGGCUACGCGGGCUGCCUGGGGAUCACCUACUUCCAGUACCUGGGGAUAAACGCGUCCUCCUGCUCCAUCACAGCCUUCACCGUGGAGCGCUACAUCGCCAUCUGCCACCCCAUCAAAGCCCAGUUCCUGUGCACCUUGUCCCGGGCGAAGAAGAUCAUCAUGCUGGUGUGGGCUCUCACCUCGGUCUACUGCGUCAUGUGGCUGUUUCUGUCCGACACCAAAAAGUUGGUGUACGACAACGUGGCGCUGCUCACCUGCGCCUACAAGGUGUCCAGGAGCCACUACCUGCCCAUCUACUUCACGGAUUUCGCCGUGUUUUACGUGCUGCCCCUCAUGCUGGCCACGGUUCUGUACGGGCUGAUCGGCAGGAUUCUCUUCCUCAACCCGCUGCCGUCCGACCCGAAGGGCGGCAGCAAGAAGUGGAAGAGGGAGGCGAGCCAGGGCGGCAGGAUGGUCGGCAGCAGCUCCUCCAGCAGCACCACGGCUGCCUCCCGCAGACAGGUGACGAAGAUGCUUGCCGUGGUCGUCGUCCUGUUCGCCCUGCUCUGGAUGCCCUACCGGACCUUAGUGGUGGUCAACUCCUUCCUAGGCAAACCCUACCUGGACACCUGGUUCCUGCUCUUCUGCCGUCUCUGCAUCUACCUAAACAGCGCCAUCAAUCCGGUGAUCUACAACGCCAUGUCGCAAAAGUUCCGCACCGCCUUCAAGAAGCUGUGCCACUGCGGCCCCCAGCGCAUGGAGAAGCCCGCGUCCUACAGCGUGGCUCUCACCUACAGCGUCAUCAAGGAGACGUCCAACGGGGAAAGCCCGGACCACUUCACGACGGAAAUGGACGAGCUGCACUCGCCCUGCGACCAGUGCAUGCCUGCCGGAAUCUUACCGAGUGCCAAAAAGAUUCAGUACGUGGUGGACGGCUCGCUCUCUGGCAGAGAAGUGAAUGCCUGAGUAGAGACAACUUUUGCACCCAGAGUAGAUAUCAGAUUCCAACUGAACAUAUUGUUGAGUUUAGUCAGGUUUAAGUUGAAGGCGAGCCAACAUGUCCAGCUUGAGUUCUCCCUCUUGUUCAUUUGUUUGAAGAAACUAAAGUCCGUUUGCUGUCAUGUUUUGUGGGCUUUCAAUAUUUUGCACACACUAAAUUAAGAGAACAAUUUUGCGUAAUACAAAAUAGAGGGUAUAUGCAAUUAAGCUUAGUUAUUCAGAGAAAGUUUCAUAUGAGAUGACUAUGGGGAAAAACUGGAAGAUUACUGAUUUGAGGAGUUAAUGCACAAAGCAACUCUGUUCUAUGAUAAUCCAUCAAUCUAUUUUUUAUAGCCGCUUCAUAUUUGGAGGGUGUUUGUGGAGUAGAGUGCCCAUUAUUCGUGAUAAAUAAGCAACAAAGGGAUGUUAAGAGAAACAGACAUUCACUCUUACCUACGGGGAACUCAGACAGCCCAAUUACCCCAUCAUGCAUGUUUUUGGGACGUGUGAGGAACUUGGAGGUAAUCUACACAUGCACAGGGAGAACACGCUAAUUCCACACCGAAAAGACCCCAGCUGCAAUUUGAACUGAGGAACUCCUUGCUGCGAGCCAUUGGGCCACUGUGCAACACUCUUCUGUAAAACACAGUCAAAAUUUGCCUUUGAAAUAGACAUUUAGAGAAUCCACUGGCAAACUUUAGCAACGACAUGACCAGUUUGGUUAAAGCUGGUCACCUCUUUAGCCUAUCCUGCCAUUCAUCUUACACUUGGAUGAAUGAAUCGAUGACCAUGGUGGCUACAGAGUGGUCCACAGCAACCACCUGAGGGCCUUUUAAUGUGAUGUUUCAGCUUUAUAAACAAUCAUACUUUUCAGUUGUACUGCUACAACAAAAAAAUCUAGUUUUCCCCGCCCAAUGUGUGACAUUUCCUCAACAUCAGAUAAAACAGUAGGACCAUUUGCAGAUGCUAAUACUGAACACAUACGUAGGGGAGGAUUUACCAACUAUAGAGUCUUCAUUUUAUUGGUUCCAAAAGAUCCUUUGGUUUAAAUAAUCUCUUCAGAUUGGCCGACUAUCACUACAGCUACACAAAUCUCUGAAAACAGUCCAUAAAAUAACACGUUUUCUCAGCAUCCAAACUAUCUUUUUGCGACCCAGAAAAGUUUUUCUUUAAUUUCUUUGACCCCCCUAUGGAGUUACAUUCAGUAUUAAUCACUACAGUACGGGAGCAGGUUGUUCAUAACAAUGGAGUAGUUUGCACAGACAAGUCAGGUGGUGUGUGGCUUAUUUAAUAAGAAGCAAAGAUUUAAACCACUACAUUGUUGGGAAUCUCGUCUCAUCCUCUGAACUUUUUAAUACAGUGUUGCUCAAGGCACUCAUGCAUUCAUUUCCCUUUUCUGGGUAUGCAGUCUAAUGUUUGACCUUAGGCGAACAUCAUUUACAUCCUCUGCACGUCUGAUGCACCAAGCGUGGGGAAAGCACCACUGCUUUGCAGAUUUCUUUUUAAUAAAAAGAAAAAAAGAAAAUCAAUUUCCAAUAGAUGCAUUAUUCACUGAGCUAAUGAGAAAGAAACUCCGGAGCUAAAAGGUGGUGUGAUGGAUAAUGUUUUAUUUAACAGAAUCAGAGACACAGACGUUGCAUUUUAACGGCCUCGCAUGAAGAUGCAAUGCGGAACUUUUCGAGAACUUUUCGUCAAGAUUAAAAUUUUGAUGCCUUAAAACGAAUUAGCUUUGGUAGAAUUUUGAAAUGUAAUGAAUACUUCAGCUGGUUGAAGGUAAUUAACACUUUUUUCUCCUUGCUCAACACAGAGGAUUUAGUCCAUUGACAUUCCAGUUAAAUGUUUUGUCCAUUUAGCUGAGAUAGCUUUAUUUCAACGAGUUAGAACCGCAUCAAACAGGAAAAAAAACCACCACGGAAAAAGUUCACAAGCAUUCAUCACUGGUAUGAAAUCAUAAUCAAGUUUAAGGCUUUGGAGGAUAUGUUUGACUUGUUCUUGUAGAAGAAUGAUCACAUAAUUAAAACAAAAUAUACAAUUGGCAGCACAAACAGGACAAAGUUGUACAUAAACAUAUAAACGGGGAAAUAAAUUCCUUAAACAUAUUAAUUUGCUUUAAAAAUCACUAAAAACAGAACGGUUGUCACACAACCUUUCACAAACAGAAAUGCAGACACAUUGGAUCCCAGCACCUCAUCCGAACAGUCCUGGCUCAGAAUCCAUUCAGUGCGAUUUUAAAUAAUCCAAUUCAAGGCAACGUUCAUCAGGAGAAAAGUCUUCUGCGACCGUCUUUAGGUGAAAAGGCUUUAGAGUUAUUUUGCUAGAGAGCGAGUCUACAAAGCCAAGUGUAACUGUGCAAUGCUGCCGAUGGAUUAUCAAGAUAGACGCUCCGAUGUUUGAGGAAUUUAAAUGUGUCAAAGAAGCUCCUGUAUCUGCAGCAUCAAAGUUUUAAACAUGUCAGACAGCGAAAGCUGCUGUUAUCCUUUUCAGUAGAAGCAACCAGCUGACAGACCAAUUACAGUGUGUCUUGAACCGAGUUCCUUGGUUGAACGAUGCGUUUUUACACCAUUUCUAAGCUGUAUGAACUGAUGGACGGAGACGUCCAGGUUCAGUUCCAUCAGGGGCAAAAUAACCAGGCAAAACCCCGUUAGUCAGUCCUUUGAAUGGUAGAAAACAAACUAGUGGCUAAGAUGGUGGAGAGUAAAACUAAUCAAAUGAAGAAAAGACAUAAACAUGCAACCACUGGAGGAUAUACAAUGCAACAUUACGAGACAAAUUGAACAAUGGCUGCUGAAUACCUUUGCUUGGAUCAGAUCUUUAACAGUAAGAAAAUAUUUUGUUUGUUUUUAUGAUUUCUGGCUCAACAGUAUUGAAGGUAUGUGUUUUCCUCAAGGCUUUAAAAACUUCCUGAAAUGUCAAAAACAGCAGUAGGCACCAAAUAUUUCUCUUAGCUUCGACAUCAAGUUUAAAAAGUUCGUACUGUGACGACUUCAUUGGUAUCCUUACCAAUACAUUUAGUUAAAUGAAUUUUUGUUUGUUUGAGAAGCAUAAAAAUUAAAAUGCUCAAAGCAUCCCCAAAGGACAAAAAUGUAUAUUGUUUGUAAACUUUUCACCGGUGAAAUCCAAGUUUCUGAUUCAAUCCUCAUAUCUUGAAGUCACUAUCAUACAAAAGCUGCUGUCAUUGCGUUUCAUUUUGCACCCGACAUUCUCCUGGGAUUCGACUGGAGUUGCAGAAUCCGUCCCUCUUUCCAUUUCCGGCUCCCCCACCUGAAGCCAUGUAAUCUAAAUUAAUCCAAACUAACACCGGCGUGACAUUUUAAUUUCGCUUCCGGAGGCAGAACCCAGAUGCCGAAUUACGUGACCUUUAACGAUGGACUCGGCAGAGAAAGAGGCGGACGCAUUUAGACACUCACUUAAACUUGCUGUGUCAAUUUAGAGUCACCUGAAUGCCAAUGAUUCCUGCAGGGAGUUACUCGAUUAGUCCUCCGACGUGACAGACACACCGAGCAAAGCCUCGGUGUUGCUUUGGUUGCCGUCAAGUGGACCGCCGUGUGGAGAGCUUGCGUGCGUCAGUGAGCUACAGUGAGGGAGAAAUGUGUUCCUGCUGCUGAUGCAAGUUGUUUUAUUCAGUUUCAACUGGCAGAAGGCAGCACUUAAGAGUUAUUUGUUCCAGGAGUCUCCACAAACCCAUGAUGGGACAUGUAGCAGCAAGAUGACGUGAUGAAACCCAUUAUGCACCAUAUUUAAUAAAUUGAUGAGGUAGCUUAAAAUACAUUUUGAAAAUAACCUCUAAUCGGGUGUUAGACAUACUUCUCAUUAGCGGCGAUCGAUACUGCAUAUCUUGGUGUCGAUCCAAUACCAAAUAAAGUAUCGUCGACACUGAUUGAUACCAGUACCGAUACUUUUUCUCCGUUGUUUUCUAAUUAAACAAACCGCAAAAAUUAUAAUUUAAGAGAGGAUGGAAGCAAAAUCUUUCUUGUUGUACAAUUGAGAAACUACAAUACAAACUUCCAAGAUGCAAUAUGGAACUAAAGUAUUGAUUGAUCGGAUAUUAUUGAUAUUUUACCUCUACCUCUCACUGACGUAUUAUUGUUAAUAAAAAAUAUAGGCCUGAAAAUGUCAAUCUGCGCGUAAUUCAUCAACACAAUCUGUUUCACUUAGUAACUUUAGUCAUUAAAAUCAAAGACAUUUUCAAGAAUAUUCUAAUUCGUUAAAUAUGACUGCAUAGCUGUGCCUGCUUGUAGAGGAGGAAUUUCGCAGCAUCUCCGAACUUCUGUUUUGUGUGUAGGUGAGUUGAAUAACCUGAUGAUGUGAACAUUUUUGUUAAAAUUAUCAUUAUGUUGUCAGUAUAAUCUGAGACAGAAAACGUGUGAAAAGAUCAACCUCCUCCAUGUCCUCCCUGAGCUGCUAUUGCCGUCUAAAGAAACGGUCAAAAACAAUCAGAGCCAGGAGGAGGGUCUUAGCGCUGCCAGUCAGGCUCGUGUACGUCCACUCAAUGUGAUAAUGAUGGAGAAACAACUUAGGAAAACUGUUUAUCUGCAGUCAUUGGUGGCCAUGCUAACUAUCCUUAGCAUUCAUGGCUAAAUACCUUAUGGUGAGACCCUCCUCCUGGCUCUGAUUGGUUGUUUCUGACGGAGCAGGGUAUUUCUGCAGUUGGCACUGGGACAUAUAAAACUUUUUUUUUUUCAUAACAGUUACAGAUUGCAGCUUUAAGGAAGGACUUAGGAAUCUCUUCGAACUUGAAAAGAUGCUGGCUAAAAACAACCCUGGGUCAAAUACGCAUCAUCGAACCCAGGGUUGGUGCAACUUGCAGAAUGGGCUUAACUUAGCUGAAUGGGUUCAAAUGAAAGAAAGUUCGACUUUUUCAUCAUGUGGAUGAACUUUGGUGAAGUCAGGGGAGGUCGUUGUAUCAUUGACGCAGUAACUCUACAAAACUGGCUCACAAUGUUUUGAUGCCACGUUUGUUUAAAACAGCCCACCUUCUUUCACAACAACACAAACCUAUGAAAUAAUGGUGAGGAACUUUGCAGCUUCUGCAUGUGACCAGCUAAUGAAAGGGACACAAUUAAAUGAACAGUUUGUUUUUCUGGGGUUUUUUGUUUGUUUGUCUAUAUUGUAAAGUUAUUUGAAAACCUUUGUGCCGUGCAAUGUGAAAUUCAUGGAGUAUUGUACUUUUAAAUGUGCCUGAAAAGAAAAAGGAAAAAAAAAACCAACCUGUUUUGAUCAUUUCUUUUAAACUGUCUCAGUGCAGUGGGUGAAGGUUAAAUGCUAUGGUAGAAUAGAUGAGAAUAUUUGGAAACAAAAAGCUGUUUCAAGUUUGUGGUUCGUAAAGUACCUCACAGGUUUCGUUUUCUGUUUAUUAUUAUUAUUAUUAUUAUUAUUAUUAUUAUUAUUAUUAUUAUUAAUAAUUUAUUUUUUUAUUUUUUAUUUUUUCUCCUAAUUUUGACAAAUAGCAAACAGCUGUGAUUGGAGAUAUUUUGUGUUCUGCAUGCAGGUUGCUGCAAAAAAAAAACCCAACAACACACUACUUGCAACACACCCACCCACACACGCACACACACACACGCACACACACACUACGUGGGCAAAUCCAGUGACAUUUUGCACGUUUGUAGUUUUCCUCUGC